UGUAAACAAAGCUGACAGCUACUUAGUUAGCUGUUAACUGCAGCUUUGUUACAGUCGCGUCCCUCGCCAUUGACGGGUGUUAUUGUAUCAUUUAGCGCACCAUCGUCUUCAUGGGACCUAAAGAGACCGAUUUUCUUUAAAGCGGAGGCGGAUUCGUUUGAUCCCGACCGUGUGUUUGACAAGCUAACGUUAGCUGCGCUGUUCGACGGCGUUCGAUUGAAAUGAUCGAAUCAUCGAUGUAAAUGAAGGUGCGUUUUGAAGUCACGUGAUCAUCGUUAAACGGGCAAAGCGAUCGGAGGUCGUACUGCUUUGUGCGCAACGUCCCACUUCAAAGCAGGACGACGAUGUCGACGUCCAACGCGAGUUUCAAAAACAAGUGCGUGGCCCAGGUCAACUGCAUCUUUUGUGGCAGUUUGCUGUGUAAGAGGGGCAUGAAAGCGGUGCUUCUUGCCGACACGGAAGUGGAGCUUUUUUCCACUGAUAUACCUCCCAACAGAACUGUUGACUUUGUGGCCAGCUGCUACUCUACAGACAGCUGCAAAUGCAAACUGAGAGAUAUAGCAUGUCUCAAGUGCGGUAAUGUGGUGGGCUAUCACGUUGUGGCCCCCUGUAAACCCUGCCUGCUGUCCUGUAACAACGGACACUUCUGGAUGUUCAACAGUGACUCCGUUUCCACCCUCAACAGAUUGGAUGCAACAGGUCUGAACUUGCUCCUGUGGGGAGAUCUUCCCGAGCUGGAAGACAGCGACGACGAGGAAUCGGGAAGCCCAUUGGAGGAAGAAUGCAUCAGGUAAAGAUGGACCAGGACCACCUGAGGCUUUUGGAGGAGCCACGGUGAAACGAGCGAGGCCUUAAAGUGUGAUUAAAGACUAUGAAAGGUGCCGGUUUUGUUAAGGCCGACACCUAAAAUCCCAGGUGUGCUUGAGGCCACGCCCCCUGAGUGGUUAUGUCACAGCAGGUAUUUGGCCUUGGACAGCUGGUGGAACACCUGCUCUGACACACAUAGUGGCUUAGUCCAAAGGGCUUAUCCCCAGAAAACAACACCGUGCUUGUGUUGUGCCCGUGUGACAUACAGGCCACACCUCUUUAGAAAAUAAACGACUUGCAUAAAAAAAGGAGAUAGUGCUCCACUAGGUAGCAGGAAUAAUAAUUUCAAGAGCUUUUUGUAAAUGUUUAUUUACAUACCUUCAUUGUUUCCAAACAGUGUCUGCAACACGGCAGUAAAACGGCUGAUCAAACAAAACAUAAGUCGUAGUCAUGGACCCACUCUCCAAUCACCUAAACAGACUCAAAUAAGUCGCACUGGACUAUAAGCCGCAGAUAUAUACUGGUACAGAAGAUUUUGUAAAUGUUUUUUUACAUAACCUUAAUUGUUUCCAAACGCCGUCUGCAACAGGGCAGUAAAACGGCAGAUCAAACAAAACGGAAGUCAUCGUUGUGGAGCCGCUAGCUGCGCAAGCUAGCUCUCCAAUCAGCUAAACAGACUCAGUGAAUUCACUGAGGAAAUUGUGAAAGUGAAACAAUACAAAAAGAAUGCCACUGUAAUUUAAUAAUACUAACACAGACACUCGUAAACCUGUUAGCAUAUUAGCUAAUGCUAACAACGAUAGCUUCAUUCAUACAGCAUGUAGAAAUAUGCAUGAAAACACUCCUACAGACAUCACACGGAACCGUUUAAUAAGAAUUGUGUUAGUUAUAUGAAUGAAUGAAGAAUCCAUACGAGCAUCAACGCUAUGGACGGCACGAAACAGGAAAUCGCAUUUUCAACCUGCAGUACCUGCAGUGAGAGAACUAAUCCAAAAGAUGGCGCCAUAGCACAAACAAUAACACAACUUCUCAGUCCUCUGCCUGGGUUUAAUGAAAACGAUUGAACACGAAACAUUAUGGCGGUUAGCGGAUACAAAUCCAUACAUUACCGAUUUGUAAGCCACAGGGUUCAAAGUGUAGGUCAAAAAGUAGCCGUUUAUAGUCCGGAAUUUAGGGUAAACGUCUGUUAUUUGUCUGUUACCCACACAGCGCUGUUGAAUAAUGACUAUUGAAGCCUUCACUGUUAAAGCACACACAGCCUUUUCUAAACACUGUAAAUAUCUAAGAUGCUUUCAUCGUCACUUUGUGCUUCCAUUAAGCCGGCACACGAUGAGUUAAGUCUGUACGCCAAAAGAGGUAUAAUGUGACACUCGGUAACGAACCACCUUUUGUUUCUAUAUUUCAAUUGGUAAUGAGCACAUUUCCUUAAAGGGCAGGUUCCAUACACACCCCAAAUACCGAUGGGCCGUAAGAUGUCCUUGUUUUAUGCAAGCACAGCCACCAUGACAGGACCAUCAGAAACUCAUCCAAAUAUGUAGUAUUACACAUGCAUGUACUCCACUAUCUGGCAACAUUUCACACUGUGUGUUGUCUAGCACAGCUCUAUUGUAGCAGCAAUUCCAAAGAAUCGUCAACGUCUUGAUCGGAAUAUUGAUUAUUGGUCACCAUAUAUUCAAUAUGCUCCAGAUUAGGGGUCCCCAACCUCAGGGGGCCUAAUCAAAAUUAUUGACACGUAAUUGUAUUUUAAAAAAAGGCAUCUUUUUAUUGUUUUUUAUGAGUAUUAUUUUUCCAAAUUAUGUCCAAAUAAAUUCAAAUGUAUCUGAAUUUGAGAAAUAAUGCAGGGUUAUUUGUUAUUUAACAAUAAUAUACAAUCAAUGUAUUUAACUCCAGAGUUUCUUAACCUUUUUUAACCUCUGGGCCCAACUUUUCCACUACAGAGGGGCCCGGGACCCACGCAAAUAUUAACAAUGAAUUGGUAAUCUCACUCUUCAUUGUAACCUACUUCAAGUGUAUAAGCUUGUCCAAUGAUAUGAAGGCAAAGACCAUUAUCAAUGUUUAGGUCAGGCUGAUUAUGACAAUAAAUACUAAUCAAAUUAACUGCAAAAGGGACUUGUAAAAACCCAUGAAAAAUACAUUUUCAUACAAUUCGCAGUGCUAAAAUUAUUUAAAAACUAAAUUAAAAAAGUUUUUCUUAAAUAAACUGUCAAUAAAUGAGAAUACAGCUUCACCACUUUAUUCAUAUUUUUUGCGCUUAAAUAAUUUCUCUUGACUUUUUAGCUCCAGACAUCUUCUAUUUUUUGAUAUUGUCAUUACUGCCAGAAGUGGUGGAAAAAGAGUUUUACAACUGACUACCCCUGCGGCCCACAGCUCAGAAACCCAUUUUUGGCCCUAUGGUUACGAAAGGCUGAUCGAAACAGACUCGAUAACUCCACUUUGACGUUUUGGUGAAUUUACUGAGAAAUUAGUUGAAGUAAGUUAAUAAUACUAACACAGGCGCUCGUAAACGUGUUAGCCUUCCCGCUAAUGCUAGCGACGCUAGCUUGAUUACAUUACUUUUCAGCACAAAUGUUGGGGCCCUUGACUCGAGAGCUCAAAUUCCGGUCCUCUGUUUUCUUUGCAUUCCCAAACAUUUAUUUCUUCAAAUAGGAAAUGCCGCAGAUGGAAACGGUCUGUUCCAUGGUCAAACUGUCACCCGUUACAAACGUUUACUGCACAGGCAACGUUUUAAGUAACAUCACAGCACAACUUAAGUGUAGAAUUAAGUUAACCAAGGUGGUGUUGAUACCUUAAAACGAUAAAACCACACCUGAUCAUACGACCUUCUCUGGUAUUUUAUUGGCCAUGAUCCUGAUUGAUUAGUGGUAGUGUAGUAUUAGUAGAUCACGUGAUUAGAGCAGUGUCACACACUUUUCAGCAUUGUUGCUACUCCACUUCUCUGCCAUAAUCUAACAAAGUUGUGUCAAAGCUGUUUGCCUUUAUAAAGCAAACCAAGAAAUGUAAUAUUUAUGUGUUUUAUCCUCCAUAUUGAUUAAAACUGUUGCCGUGGCAAUGUAUUAAACCGUAUUUAUUCAGUGCACAGACCAGAAUACUGACAACAUACUUUGUUUACAAUCUUUGUUUACGAUCGCUUUGCUUUUUGUUAAUGUAUUUAAUGUUUCAUUUGUGAUUUUGUGUUUUUUCGGGGGUUAUAAUAUUUACCAGGAGAAGGCAUCACUUGUGAGCUUCCACUGGCCAGGACAAUAAAUGACACGAUAAUCCAAAAUAUGGAAUUGUUUUUGAAGUGAAUGACUUUGGCGUGACUUGCCUGCUGAAAAUGUCUAUUUUGGAAUUGCACUGACUGGUACUUUGGAACCUGGAUUGUUGUUUUUGUAUGCGUGUUAAUUUAAUAAAACUCUUUUUUUAAUACCUCUGACAAGUUGUUUUUUUUAAACUUCACUCAAAACUACAAUCCCAUCUUUUCUGCUCUUUCAGUUUCUG